AUGGCAAGUUCAGAUCCACCUGUCCAGAAGAUACUAAAAGCUAAAAAGACCAUGCCUACAAGUUGCCAGAAACAAAUACAUAUGCAUAAAUCAGUAAAUAUUGAGACACUGAAAGCAAUAGAUAGGAAUAAUGUACAUAGUGGAAAUCAGCAGUUAAGGAUGGAUGUUAUACAUAAGAAAAGUGAAAAUUCUGAUAUGAAGUAUUUCUUACUGGACUCAAGGAGAAAUACCAUACUCCCUCAGGAAAAUGAAACAUUUCCUCAGAAUUUAGCACUAUCACUAAAAGCAGUAAAGAACAACUCAGAGAUGAACUUUGUCAAUGAACAAGUUAUUGAUCCAAACACCAGGCCCAGUAAAAUAGAAGAUUCUUGCAAGAAACUUUUUAUACAAGAUUCAAGUGACUUACAGAAAACUUCGUGUGGUUCUGAACACAAAGCAAAUGAAAAAAAAAAUUCAUUUGAGCAAACUAAAGUUGAUUUGAAUCCAAAACCAAGCAGCAGCCCAUCUGUUUUGUUGAAUGGUUUAAUUAACAAGCCAGCCUAUAUAUUAGGCAGUCAUAUAGAAAAAGCUUUUAAUGGUAUUUGGAAUGGUAAAGGAAAUCGCAUACGUCCCAGGUUAGAAGUGACCUCACAUUUGGAUUCACCCGUCUCACAGCAGAAUGAAACCAUUUCAGUUAUACGUUCAAACUUUCAUCUUAAGGCUAACAAGACAUCUAAUUUGAAAAGACCACUUGAGGUCAGGAAAGAUACAAGUGAUUUUUUGAAGACACAAGAAUACAAUCAAACCAGUUCAAGUAGAAUAGACUAUGGAAAUACAGUCUCUACGCGGCAUUCAUCAUAUGAAACAAAUAAUAGCACCUCAAAGAAAAGGGCCCUUUCAGGAAACAAAGAGAAUAUUAAGCGCAUGAAAACUUCAAAUGAAAUUAAUGAGAACAUUUGUAUAGUUGUGGAAGAAGAAAAAUCGUUAUUUGAACAGGUUAAGUGUUUGAUUCGACAGGAGGUCUGCAUUAUAAAUUACAAAAUAUUUGACAGUAAGCUGAAGGAACUAAAUGAACGAGUUGACAAGACCCAGUGCAGAAAAAAGCAUGAAGCAAUAGCUAUCCAACUUCUUAGAAAAAUAUCAAGACUUGAUAGACGUAUUAAAGCUGCAUUAGCAGUAGUUCAAAAGAAUGGAUUAGAGUUAAACACCCCAACCCAAAAUAUGGCUUGUAAGCAGGUCACAAAUUCAAAGACUGUCCUAUUGAAUAAGAAUCAAGGGACUGAGAGAGACAGGCCAAGUAUAAAAUUUACUUCUUUAAACAAUAAAUCAUCUGGAUCUUCAGAAAUAUCUAUUCCUGAAGCAAAGCAAAAGAAAAAUUUGACUUCAGAUUAUGUUGAAGUUGUGUUUGAAAGUAACAAUGCUGAUGUUAUGCUGAUUUCUGAGGAAAAUGUUCAUUUGAAAGCUCCAGUAACAAAUGUUGAAAAAACAGUACUGGCAAAGUCAAAUGAUACACUUGGUUCUAAAAUUAAAUCUAAGGCUUCAGGGGGAAAAAUAAAACUUGAUGAUUUUGUGAUUGACCUGACAGAAGAGGCCAACUUCAAUUGUAAAACAGCAUCUUUGGUGCAAGUCCUGGAAUUGCCUGUGGCCACCAAUGAAAACUUAAAGGAGAAGAAGCAAAAGAAGCAACUGAUACAAGAUUCAGCACAGGUCCUGGAAUCACUUGAGCACCUUCCUUCAUUACCAGACCCACCUCAAAAUCCUGUACUCACAGGCUUCAAUGACUCUCUUCCUCCCCAGAAGUUUGAGCUAAAACUGAAACGGGUUCUUAAGCCAAAAGGCAUAGCAUUAACAUGGAACAUUUCUCAAAUUAAUCCCAGGUGUGCCCCUGUGGAAAGCUAUCACCUCUUCAUUUGUCAUGAAAACACUACAAGCAAUAGCAAAACAGCUUGGAAGAAAAUAGGGGAAAUUAAAGCUUUACCCCUCCCGAUGGCAUGUACUUUAUCUCAGUUCUUGUCUUCUAGCACAUAUUAUUUUACUCUACAAGCAAAAGAUAUUUAUGGAAGAUAUGGACCUUUCUGUGAUAUCAAGUAUACCCAUGGAUUCUCUGAAGAUACUAAAGAAUCACAAGUCCUCCCUACAUAAAAAAUCUUUUAUAAGAAGCUAGGCCAUUUCAUAUCUGAGUUGUUCAUUCUUACACAUCAGUAGCCUUAAAAGUACAUGUGAAAUUUAACUGGCCAGUUCUUAAUUGUGAACCUCUGUAUGGAGAAUUAUCUUCUCCAGUACCUUGUAGAGCUCCGUCUAUGGCUGAUAUUCAACAGGGCAUCUUCUAAGAGGAGAAAAUGGCACAUGUGAAGUAUAUGUUAAAGAGAAUGGUUUUCUACUUGUUAAUAGCUUUUGGUGAUAUGUAUAUGUUGGAGUCACCUAACCCAGAAAAAUGUUGUCAUAUAAUUAAAAAAGUUUCCUAUAAUGUAUUUCCAUUAAAGUUUUCU